UUUCUGCUUGCUGACACAGAGUUCUAGUGGUAGGCAAAAUGGCUUUUCAUUCUGUAUUUCUGGUUUUCUUAGCUGGCCUGGCACUUUGCUCCGAAGCCGCACCAUUGGACCCUCUUGAUGCCAAGCAUCCUCUUUCCGUAAAAGUUGUGGAUUCCGUCCGAGGAAGUCCAGCUCCAAAUGUGGCAGUUAAAUUAUAUAAAGAAGCUGCAGAUGGAUCUUGGGAACUGUUAAAUUCAAAGCAAACCAAUGACAAAGGCAGCCUCCCAGAGCUUACAACUAAAGAACAAUUUGCAGCAGGGUUAUACAAGCUUGAGAUUGAUACAGCCUCUUACUGGAAGAGUCUGGGCUUGAAUCCCUUCCACCAACAUGCUGAUGUGGUGUUCACAGCUAAUGAUGCUGGUAAUCGGCGUUACAAGAUUGCUGUUGUCCUCAGUCCCUUCUCUUACUCAACCACAGCAGUAGUUAGUGAGCCAGUGGAAUAAAAGCUGACAUUAAGCAUGAAAAUUCAGUUGUGUAAAUUAAAAUUUCCAUAAAUGAUAAGAACUUCAUAUCUGAAUGUAUCAACAGCUUUAGAUUUCUUAGUAAAUCACUAAGUUUUUUAUUCACUUUGUUAACUUUAGGAAGAAAGUGUAUUGACU